AUGCAUUUCAAUCUUCUUGGCCUCGCUGCCAUCAGCCUUGCUACUCUAGCAUUGGCCGCCCCUAUCGACAAGGACGCUGUCCUAGAGAUGAGGGAGCCACUUUCGGCUGAAGCGAAAAGGGAGGCCAGUUUUCAGUAUGACAGCGGUGCCUCGAGGUCGAUAACCGGUAUGAGAGACCCCCCCUUCUGAACGACUGAUAGUGAUUGGAGUCUAACCGAAGUCUAGGUGACCCAUUGGAUGAUGGCAGGAUCGGCCAAGGCAGUCGACGGCCUGGCCUCCAUUCGGCUGUGGCGAAAAUGGAGGCCGGUGUUGAGUCUUUGGCCAGUGAGGGUGUGCCCCCUCCCCCUCUCUUGACGACGAACAAUGAUUGGGAUCUAAUCGAAUCUAGAUAACGUCCAAAAAGUCCCAUCGGUCGGAGGUCCCCCCCAUAACGACCCCGGCCAGAAUCCUUGCGAUCCCGAUUACGCUGUUGGCUGUACUGGUAGUAGAGAGGAGAGAGAGCCACUUUCUAAAAGGGAGGCCAGGAUUCAGGAUUUGACUGGUAAGGAUACCUUACCCCCUUGACGAACUUGAUAGUAAUAGGGAUCUGAUUGAAUCUAGGGGAAACACUAAACGCUCGAUCGUCAGGCGAUGGCCCUGUCAUACACGGCAGAUCCGAUGAUCACAAUUGCGAUUUCGACAACGUGCUUAGCUGUCUAGGUACUCCUCACAAGACAAAUCCACCUUCUGAAAGGGAGGCUAGUAUUCAGGAUUUGCCUGGUAAGGAUAAUUUACCCCCUUGACGACUUCAUAGUAAUAGGGAUCUGAUUGAAUCUAGGUGAAAUACUAAACGCUCGAUCGUUAGGCGGUGGCCCUAUCACAGACGGCAGACCCGGUGGAUCCAGUCCCUAUUGCGAUUACGACGACGUGAUUGGCUGUCCAGGUGUCAAAGAGAAGAGAGAGCCACUUUCUGAAAGGGAGGCUAGUAUUCAGUAUUUGCCCGGUGAGGAUGCCCCCUUCUUAGCGACUGAAUAGUGAUAGGAAUCUAAUUGAAUCUAGGUGAAACACUGAACGCUCGAGCGUUAGGCGAUGGCCCUGUCGUACACGGCAGCGAUCCGUAUUGCGAUCAGUACGACGAGAUUGGCUGUCCAGGUGUCAAAGAGAAGAGAGAGCCACUUUCUGAAAGGGAGGCUAGCAUUCAGUAUUUGCCCGGUGAGGACCCCCCCUUCUUAACGACUGAACGGUGAUGGGGAUCCUAAUCGAAUCUCUAGGUGAAACACUACAAGCGUCCACGGGAGACGGAGCCAAUCGAGCUAGCGCUGGCGGUCCCGGCCCUAACACACCCUACAAACACCCAAAACCCAGCAAACCCAAUCCCUUUUGCGAUCCCGAUGACGAUUCAUUUGGCGGUGGCUGUUAA